AUGCCGUUUUCCAGCCAGAACAACCCCUCGAAGGCGAACGCCUUUGGCGUCGAGGCUAGGAAGGAGACCAAGCGGGAAGCCGCCAAGAGGUCCUUUAGAAAGCGCAAGGCGGAAGGGUGGGCCUUGGGAGUCACGAAAGGGCCCCCUGAGCGCGUCGUCUUGGUCGUCUUCCCCCAACGGGGAAAAAAUGUUGGAAACUCUGUCACCUCCAAUUUUUUUCGGAGCCUGUCCCAAAGGCGCUGUACGCAACGUAGCUCCGCUGAACGUCGGCAUCAUGCCGCAAUCCAAGUAACAAAGUUGCGCUCCGUGUCUCCAAGAACGAUUUCGUCACGGGCAGUGCGGCACGAUUCGGGCGUUCUGAGCCACCAUGCGCGCAUGGAGGACCGACAAAGGCUGGUGCUACUUCGGAACAAUUCAUUUCGGGACAAUUUUCACUUGUUGGAAUCCAAAGAAUUUUUCGAUUUUCGGCACGUACCUUCAAUCGCAACACCUUAUUUAUAUUACUUAUUACCUUUGUUCGGUAAUACGAGGGGAAGUUACAUACAUGAUGAGGUUUCGUAAUAA